GCCCUCUUCCCUCCUUUGUUUUCUUCAACCAACAACCAACUCUUAUAUAAAGUCUCUUCCUUUUCCUUCCUCGAGUCAGCUUCUCUCCCUUUACACCUCCCCAAUCCCCUCCCUCUCUCUCCAUAACCUUUUCAUCCUGGGGGUUUUUCUUCAAUUUCAGGUUGUUACGCAAUCUGUUUGGUGCUGGAUCUUAUCAAACUUGUUGGCUGUGAAAAAGAACUGAGACUGAUGUUGAUAAAUUAGGUUCAUAAUGAUCGAUUUGAGUAUUUCACUCUUAAGGUUGCUAACUACCCCAGAUGCUUAUGGUCCCUCAGUGUUUGGAUGGCUGAUCACUGGUUCAUUUGGAAUUUUAGCUAUUAUAUAUGCAUUUCUAAAAUGGCAGAGAAGGACAUCUCUGAAUUGGAUUAAAGCUGCUGCUAAAGCGAAGAAGAAAGUUUGGAAGAGGCUAAACGUUCCUUUAUCACAUCAUUCAUGGACUGAAGAAUUUGCUUAUGAUGUGCAGCCAUGUACAUGCUCUGUUUGCUUGACUUCUCUGGUGUCCCCACAAACCUUAGGUGCAAAAGCAACACCACAGAAUCCUGUCCACCGUUGUUCUGUUUGUGGUGUGGCAGCUCAUUUCCACUGUUCUAAGUUUGCAGCCAAGGAUUGCAAGUGUGUAGCACAAGCUGGUUUUGGCCAUGUACAACACCAGUGGUCAGAAAGAUGGAUUGAUAUGGAUGAUAAUUAUGAGAUGUCUGCUUUCUGUUUUUACUGUGAUGAACCAUGCGGUGUUCCUUUACUUGAUGCUCCUACAUGGCAUUGCUUAUGGUGUCAGCGCCUUAUACAUGUCAAAUGUCAUGCCAAAAUGUCAGAAGAAUCAGGUGAUGUUUGUGAUUUGGGUGCUCUUAGAAGGCUUAUCCUUUCUCCAAUCUGUGUAAAAGAAGUUGAUGAAGAAAUCACAAGAAGUAGAAUGCUUAGUUCUAUAACAGGAGACAUUAUAGCCUCUUCUGUUUGUGGGGAGAUUAGAAGAAGACGCCACCGCAACAAACAUGGAAGUGUGCGUUCUGUUAAUGGUAAGCUGCAGAAUACAUCCCCUGCCAAUACAGCACUGCAGUAUGUGCUUAAUGGACUUGCUAGUCUAAAGCAAUCUAGCAAUCAAAACAAAGACCCGAUAUUGAAGAGGGGUGGAAGGGUGCUCGGUGGAAAGGACACCCAGAAUGGGUGGCAGAAAAAGGGCAGAUCUGUUCCCUAUGGUCAAGUUAAAAAGUAUACACUGGUGGACUUGCCACAGGAUGCGAGACCUCUCCUAGUCUUUAUCAAUACCAAAAGUGGAGCGCAAUAUGGGCCUUCUCUAAGGAGGAGGUUGAACAUGCUAUUAAAUCCUGUGCAGGUUUUUGAACUGAGUUCUUCUCAGGGGCCUGAGGCUGGUUUAAAUUUUUUUAGCAAUGUUCAGUAUUUUAGAGUUUUGGUCUGUGGUGGAGAUGGUACUGUUGCGUGGGUCCUUGAUGCAAUUGAGAGGCACAAUUUUGAAUCACCUCCACCUGUUGCUGUUCUUCCUCUGGGCACUGGAAAUGAUUUGUCAAGGGUGUUACAAUGGGGAAGAGGUUUCAGCACAGUUAAUGGGCAAGGUGGCUUAAGCACUCUUCUGGCUGACAUCAAUAUUGCAGCAGUUACUAUGCUUGAUAGGUGGGAAGUUAAUAUCCAAGAAGAAAGAUCAGACAGUGAUAGAUGUAAAGUGCAAUCCAAGUUCAUGAUGAACUAUUUAGGUAUUGGAUGUGAUGCAAAGGUUGCAUAUGAAUUUCACACAAUGCGGGAGGAAAAGCCUGAGAAGUUUUAUAGUCAGUUUGUGAAUAAAUUGCGAUAUGCCAAGGAAGGUGCAAAGGAUAUAAUGGACAGAACUUGUGCAGACUUACCAUGGCAAGUUUGGCUUGAAGUUGAUGGAAGGGAUAUUCAAAUCCCAAAGGAUGCUGAGGGCCUAAUUGUGCUCAACAUUGGCAGCUACAUGGGUGGAGUUGAUCUUUGGCAAAAUGACUAUGAGCAUGAUGAUGAUUUUAAUCUUCAGUGCAUGCAUGAUAAAAUGCUUGAGGUUGUAUGCAUCUCCGGGGCAUGGCACCUUGGCAAACUUCAGGUUGGACUUUCACAAGCCAGGAGGGUAGCCCAAGGGAAAGUCAUAAGAAUACAUGCUUCCAGUGCUUUUCCCGUUCAAAUUGAUGGGGAGCCAUUUAUCCAGCAACCGGGCUGUUUAGAGAUCACACAUCACGGCCAGGUGUUUAUGUUGAGGAGGGCCUCAGAGGAGCCUAGGGGCCAUCCAGCUGCGAUUAUGACCGAGGUUUUAGUUGACGCCGAGUGUAGAGGCGUGAUCAACGCAGCACAAAAGAAAUUACUUCUGCAGCAGAUGGCCCUCCAGCUCUCUUGAGACCAAUCCCCUUGCCUUUACUUCAUUCCUCACCCCAAAUUUUGGCUUCUUCUGAUAACGAAAUCAUUUUUUUUCACAGUUUCUGUGAACCAGAGGGAUAAGAUUUUGGCUUUCUCUAAUCCCGCUCCCAACAUUUUUUUUUUUUUCGGUUUUUUCUCCGGCCCCAAACUGCCUUUUGAGAAAGGUACAGCGCUUCUGUAAACAUGAGAGACACUUCAUAGAUUACAAUGAUAUUUUAGGCUUCAUAUCAUUUAACUAUUUUUCUUUUGUAUCAAGUGAUCGGAUUGGUUCCUGGAAAA